AUACAUCCAUGCUCUGCACCAGCACACUGGUCUCCCAGCAACACGGUGUAAACAACGAGCAUGAGAGAGAGUAGAAGAGAAAUGAAUGAAACACUGGUUUGACCCUGGUCAUUAAUGAGCUAGCGUUAAGUGCAUCCUGGAAGCAAAACCCCAAGGCUAAACUACAGAGGUGACAGGCAGCUGGUGGUUGCUGGCUAGCCAAUGGGGCUGUUUGACAGGUUGGCAGGAUGGCUGGGGUUGAAGAAGGAGGUGAAUGUGCUGUGUCUUGGUCUGGACAACAGUGGAAAAACCACCAUCAUCAACCAACUUAAGCCCUCUAAUGCCCAGGCACAAGACAUCGUCCCAACCAUUGGCUUCAGCAUAGAGAAGUUUAAGACAUCCAGUCUUUCCUUCACAGUGUUUGACAUGUCUGGUCAAGGCAGAUACAGAAACCUUUGGGAACACUACUACAAGGAAGGCCAGGCUAUCAUAUUUGUCAUUGAUAGUGCAGACAAACUGAGGAUGGUAGUAGCCAAAGAAGAACUGGACACAUUACUAAACCAUUCUGAUAUUAAACACAGGAGGAUCCCCAUUCUGUUCUUUGCUAACAAGAUGGAUGUCAGGGAUGCUCUGUCUUCUGUCAAGGUCUCACAGCUGCUCUGUUUGGAGAACAUCAAAGACAAACCCUGGCACAUCUGUGCCACUGAUGCUCUGAAAGGAGAAGGUUUACAGGAGGGAGUCGACUGGUUACAAGAUCAAAUUAUGCAAUCAAAUCAAAACAAUGAGAACGUGAGGGCAUGAGGAUGGAUGCGCCAGAAGUAGCAGCAUUCGUGGAACUCUUUUGUGAAAGAUGAGUUGAGCCAGUUUUCAGAGGAUAGCGAUGUUUUAAAUUGCGUAUUUAGCUGGUCCUUGGGUGCGUGUCGAUUCGUUUGAAAAAUGAGUAUGUGAUUUGAUUUUUCUAGAACCAGUAAAAUAGUAAAAAUGCA